CUCGUUGUGUUAUUUUUUAUUCUCAUCGUAUUCAUAUUCACAACACUCUCUCAUUUCAUCAUCACUCGUUUUAUUGAUGAGUUUGUCGAGUGAUGUAUGUAUGAACAUCAUCAAGCUUUACCUCCGAUUUAGAUUCACAUAAAGUUUGUUGCUUACAUGGUGUCCAACCAUGCCCACCAUGGCUUCAUAAAAGUUACCAUUAAAUCUUCAUGCUUUUUUGUGGUGGUAGAUGAAGGAUAACACAACAAGUGCAAUAAUUCUGGAGGCAAGAAGUAUAGAAACUUUCAUUAGAGAGUAAAUUUUGAAUUUUUUUUUAUUUGGGGUGUUGAUUUGGAUGAUUCUCUCCUUUGAGUUGCUUCAAGGAGAUGAAAAUUACUUGGUAUGAAAGAUGCUGGUGUUGAUCUGGGUUUUUGCUGGAAGGAAGAAAAGAAGGUACUGAAAUAGUAAUUAGAGUCAAAACUGAGAGUUUGGUUAUGUUGGUGAAUCCAAUUCCAAUGGACACACCAACCGUGCAGCCACAAGGUGCUACAGCAAGCACACCAAGGAAGAAAAUGACCAAACAAUUAACAGGGAAGCGUGAUGAUACACCUCUACACUCUGCAGCCAGAGCUGGAAAUGUGGCUGUUUUGAAAGACACUCUUGGUGGUGCUGAAGAGGCUGAACUGCGUGCCCUGUUGACAAAGCAGAACCAUGCUGGAGAAACAGCACUUUAUGUUGCUGCUGAAUAUGGUUAUGUUGAUAUGGUUAAGGAGAUGAUUCAAUAUUAUGAUCUUGCUGAUGCUGGAAUUAAAGCAAGGAAUGGUUUUGAUGCACUCCACAUUGCUGCCAAACAAGGGGAUUUGGAUGUUGUGAAGAUCCUAAUGGAGGCUCAUCCUGAAUUGUCAAUGACUGUGGAUCCAUGCAACACCACAGCCUUGCACACUGCUGCAACACAAGGGCAUACUGAGACAGUGAAGUUUCUAUUAGAGGCAGGUAGUGGCCUUGUAACCAUUGCUAGAAGCAACGGGAAAACAGCUUUGCAUUCUGCUGCCAGAAAUGGACAUUUGGAAGUUGUGAAAGCGCUUCUGGAGAAGGAGCCUGCGGUUGCAACAAGGACUGAUAAGAAGGGUCAGACAGCACUUCACAUGGCGGUGAAGGGACAGAGUCUUGAGGUGGUAGAGGUGUUGAUAAAAGCUGAUCCCUCUUUGUUAAACAUGGUUGAUAAUAAGGGUAACACAGCAUUGCAUAUAGCAACCAGGAAGGGCAGAGCUCAGAUUGUCAAGUUGCUUCUUGGACAUACAGAAACAGAUGCCAUGGCAGUUAAUAGGUCUGGUGAAACAGCAUUAGACACUGCUGAGAAAACUGGGAACUCUAAUGUUAGAGAUAUUUUGGUGGAACAUGGUGUUCAAAGUGCCAAAGCCAUAAAGGCUCAGCCAGCAACAGCUGCACGUGAAUUGAAACAAACAGUUAGUGACAUAAAGCAUGAAGUACAUUACCAAUUGGAACACACACGCCAAACAAGAAAAAGUGUUCAAGGCAUUGCCAAACGUAUAAACAAAAUGCAUGCUGAAGGACUCAACAAUGCAAUAAACUCCACAACUGUGGUAGCAGUACUAAUUGCCACAGUUGCCUUUGCUGCUAUUUUCACAGUCCCUGGCCAAUAUGCUGAUGAUCCAAAAGACAUUCCUAAAGGGAUGACCCUUGGUGAAGCAAACAUAGCUCCACAAGCUGCAUUUCUCAUUUUCUUUGUCUUUGAUUCCAUUGCCCUCUUCAUUUCACUCGCGGUUGUCGUGGUGCAAACCUCAGUUGUGAUCAUAGAAAGCAAAGCAAAGAAGCAGAUGAUGGCUAUCAUUAACAAGCUAAUGUGGUUGGCUUGUGUGCUUAUUUCUGUGGCCUUCUUGGCUUUGUCUUUUGUUGUGGUAGGGAAGGAUCAAAAGUGGCUAGCAAUUGGAGUAACCAUCAUAGGAACCACUAUAAUGGCUACAACAUUGGGUACCAUGUGCUAUUGGGUCAUUAGGCACCGAAUUGAGGCUUCCAAUUUGAGGAGCAUUCGGAAAUCUUCCAUGGGAAGCAGGUCAAGGUCUUUUUCAGUGUCUGUUAUGUCAGAUUCUGAGCUACUAAACAAUGAGUUUAAGAAAAUGUAUGCCAUUUAGAAAUACUAAUAAGCCUUGUUUUCCUUUUCACUUACACUGUUUUUUCCAUGGCUUGAUGAAGCUAUAUCCAACUAUACCGAAACUUACCGAUGUAUAACACCAAACUUGUCUGAUGUUAAUAAUAUGCUCAAUACUGUCCUUACCA